UAGCAAAAAAGUAAGCACGAAAAAAUGAGGUCACCGGUUCUGUUAGUCAUCAUCAUGUCGCUGAGAAAUAUCCAACCGGCGUCGGCUGCCGUUAGCUGCUCUUGCAACUUCCAGUAUUUCCCCUACGGCGACCAGAGGAUCAUGUGCGUUUAUCAUCUGAUCGACAAAAUGGUCGGGGAUUCGCUUCCGGUGAGGAAGGGCGCGUGGUACCAGGAUGAGGACUGUGUCGAUAGCUCGAUUAUCUACGAAGCUAAAGAUGUCCUCCAGAAUACGUACUGCCAUCGCCGCAUGGGAGGCCGCGCGUGGGGCACUGGCUGUUACAUGAGGUUUGAGAUCUACCCGUUUAAUUAAUGUCGAAUAAAUGAUGAUGUGUUUU